AUGAAGAUUUUACCAAGUUUAGUUAAGUAUGGGGAUACUCCAAUAGCUUCAUUUACAUAUGGGUAUCUUGCAGUAUGUAUUGGAGAAUGUGUACUUGUCUACAAGAAAAACGAACAAACUUUUUCUGUAAUUUCUUCUUUUGAUUUCCCAAAUACGCAUAUUAAAUCAUUAGGAUUCAUAUCAGGAGCAUAUUCAAAGCAAUUUAUAUUAGUUGUUGUAUCAGAUAACUCUAUUGCUCUAUGUGAUAUCUUAAAUCUCAAGUCAAAAUCGUUCAAUAUGAAGUGUUCACAAGUAUGCUUUGAUAAUUCAACAAUAGAUUCAUUCAUUGUUCUUGAAAAUGAAAAAGAAUUGACAGAAUAUUCAUAUAUUGACAAAGAUAUUUUUACAAUUCAGAAAAAUUGGACUUUAACAUUCGAAGAUCCACUUACAUGCGUUUCCAUAUCGACAUACAACUCUAAUUACGCUAUUGCAUUGACAAAAGCUUCAGAACUUAUCAUAUUAAACAGAAAAAAUCAGAAAUAUCCAUAUCAAAUCACUUCUUCUGUCUACAACCUUACUCAAGAUGAAAGAGUCGAAGGAGUUACGACCAUUUCUUUUGGUUUCGCUAUUGCUUGGUCAAAACAUUUUAUUCAUUUAAUUCAUUUAGUUACAGGAGCUGCGUUUACCAUUCUUUCAUUCACCCAAGACAAGAUUGUCUCAAGUGUAUACGCAAAUGAUGAUAAUGACAUCUCUUUCUUCGUUUUAUACAACGAUAAUUCAAUUGAACAAUUUUCAAUUGAAAAUUCAUCCCUUUCAAAACCUCAAUCCGUAAACCUUCCGAAAACGUUUAAUUUCGCCCCUUUAUACGUUUCAAAAGGAGAUUUAAUAAUUAUUUCGAAUUAUUACAAAACGUACAUUAUAAAGAAGAGCACGAACAAGUCAUUAUCACUCAAUACUUUUUAUACACUUCCUAUCAUGAAAGAAGGAACUCUUGUUUCAAAAUUUAAUAAUCAAAUUGUUUUUUCGGAUGUAGACGAUGCUUUGACGUCCUACAAUUAUAAGACAGGCGUGUAUUCAUUCAGAUAUCCGAAACAAGUCGAUAAACUCUGUUAUUUCUCAAAUAAUUCAAUAGUUUAUCUUAUUGAAGGUUCUGUUUAUCUUUUCGAGCAGAAACAGCAAUUUGAUAUAACAGAACUUCAUAUCAUUGACAAACCAGUCACAGAUUUGCGUACAAUCGCAGAUUAUAUUAUUGUUUCAGAUUCUAACACAAUUGGAGUAUAUUGUAACGGCAAAGUUAGCACAAAGACAAUAAACGACCUACAGGCUUACGACGUAUCGCUGGAUAACGAUAAAAAGCUCGUAAUCGCGAUUUCAAUAAAAUCUAAAGGAAUUUUCUUUGCUAAUGAAGAUAUGAAGCCUGUAUUUGGUUCAUUCCCACAAUUCACGGCUACGAGCUAUUAUUCGCUUAUUUCUUUUGAUUUUCCGCAAGUUGUUGGAAUUGACAUGAGUUACAAGCUCUACAUCUUUAAUUUACAGAAUGGUGAGUGCUGUAAGCGUGUUAACUACAAAAUGCCAGCGGAAAUCGUAUGUUAUCGCGGUGAAUCUAAGUUUGCUUUUAAUUUCAAGAAUUCCAUUGAAAUAAUGAACUCCAAUCUUGAACUCAUUGAGCUCAUCCAAAAUAACUCUGCAAACAUCCUAUCAGCAUCUGGUGAUACACUUACUGUUCUUGAAAAAUCUGGAAUCACUUUACAUCAAAGUACAAAAAGUGACAACAAAUAUUAUGAAUUGAAUUUCUUCCAGACGAAGAAACCAUUUGCUCUAAAUGUUGAAACAUCGCGAGAAUACAUUGAUAUGGUUAUCAAAUCCAUGAGUAUUCCUAUAAAUUACCCAGAAUUUGUUGAUGAUUUUAAUUUAAUUCUUGGAGAAAAGCCUAAACAGAUAACUCCGUCGAUAACUAGUGAUAUCAAAAGAGUGUAUCAUAGAUUCGUGCUCUCUUUCUACCAAAAGGAAAUCCCUGAAGAAAACAUCGAACAAUUAAAACUUUUUAUCAAAAGUUUUGAGGAAAACAAAGAUUUCUUGGGUGCUUCUCUCUUAUCUUUGAUCAUAGGUGAUAAGAACUCAACACUUAAAUACCUCCUGAUGGCUGAGUACUUCGAAUUAGCCCAUAUUUUUGCUCAUCUCAAUAAUCUUGAUGAAUCUGUUGUCAUUGACUCAUAUUUGACGUAUUCACUGCAAUCAGGUAACCUCAUUAAUGCAAUCCAUAUACUGAUGGAACUGAAAAGAUACCAUAAAAUUGCAUCUAUACUGUAUGAACAUGAAUUCAAUGCAAAUCUUAGAUACUUCAAUGAUAAAUAUGAUAUAAGUAGCUUCAAGGAAGAGAGUGGAUGCGCAAGUAUUGAAGAAAUUCUUGAUUUCCUCAGAACUCACGAAUUCAAAGAAACGUUUGUUGAACUUUAA